AUGGGUUACUCAGGGCUGGCAACUGGGGUUGAUCUUUCGCACUUGUCCCCAGAGGAGAGAUGGAGGGUGGAGCACGCGCAGAUGCAUGCCAAGCACCGUGGUCACGAGGCGAUGCACGCCGAGAUGGUCCUCAUCCUCAUUGCCACACUGGUGGUGGCCCAGCUCCUUUUGGUUCAGUGGAAACAGAGGCACCCCCGCUCCUACAACAUGGUCACCCUCUUCCAGAUGUGGGUAGUGCCUCUGUAUUUCACGAUCAAGCUGUACUGGUGGCGGUUCCUGGUAAUCUGGGUGCUCUUCUCAGCAGUCACAGCUUUUGUCACCUUCAGGGCAACUCGAAAACCUCUGGUACAGACAACACCCAGGCUGGUUUAUAAAUGGUUUCUACUAAUAUACAAGAUCAGCUAUGCCACCGGGAUCGUAGGGUACAUGACUGUGAUGUUUACACUUUUUGGUCUUAACUUAUUAUUCAGAAUCAAACCUGAAGACGCGAUGGAUUUUGGCAUCGCCCUCCUCUUCUAUGGUCUUUACUACGGGGUGCUGGAGCGGGACUUUGCCGAGAUGUGUGCGGAUUACAUGGCCUCGACCAUCGGGUUCUACAGCGCCUCGGGGAUGCCCACCAAGCACCUCUCCGACAGCGUCUGCGCCAUCUGCGGCCAGCAGAUCUUCGUGGACGUCAACGAGGAGGGGAUCAUCGAGAACACCUACCGCCUCUCCUGCAACCACGUCUUUCACGAGUUCUGCAUCCGUGGCUGGUGCAUCGUUGGGAAGAAGCAGACGUGUCCAUACUGCAAAGAGAAGGUGGAUCUCAAGAGGAUGUUCAGUAACCCGUAUCCUUUCCCUUUGCGUGACAGCCUCAGGGACGAGUCCGGGAGCUGCUGGCUGCUCCUUGGGGCUUGCCCUGGCACCCCGGGCAGGUCGCUGCCAGCCAAGACUGUGCAGAAUCUGUCCCCGGGCUGGGCACGGGGCACCUGGCACAGAUCAAUGGGCCUGACCCGGGGAGGGUGGGAGGCUGCGGCCUCCAGCGAGGUGGCUGGUCCCUUGUCUGAAGGAUGAAAAUGUUCCCAAAGCCCUUCUCGGUUGCCCCUCCCCAGCACCUGCCUGCUGGUGGGAGGGCUCAGCCCCACCUGUCCUGGCACCCCCUGCCCACCAGCAGGAGGGCUCAGACCCC